CGACACUCACCGACGUCGGUCUUUAUAUAAAUAUUACGCGGGCUUUUAAUUUAAUAAUGACCAUUAUUCAUUUUAAUAAAUAAAAUUUUAUAAUUUUUUUAAAAUUUUCCCAAUAAAAAGAAAGGAAGUGAUGGAAAAUUUAUUUUAAAUUAUGGAGUGCAGAUUUUUCGGGAGUUUAUCACAAAUUUAAUUACGAAGAAGAAGAAGAAGUUUGAAUUAAUGAACAUAUGACAAUACUUUGCCUUGAGGCUGUCACUGCAGAGUUAUAAUCGUUGAGGAAAUAGCAAGUGAAUUACCCAUCGAAAGUGCUAUCAAGUUUCGUGAGAAAGUUUAACGUGUAGCAAAGCCAGAGUUUCCAUAUUAUUCAGUUAAGUUAAAGAAGAACAAGUAGAACGGGAACAAGUACAAGUUUGAAAAUUCAAAUUCUGGGUAACUUGUAGCAAAAUGGAUGAAAAAGGCGAUGCUGCAGACACUUCAAGGGAAGAAACGAGUGUUGAGGAGUUACAAGAAUUACCGGAUAGAUACGAGGGUAAAGUAACAGCUUCUCUAUACACGAGUACACUCUUCGUAGCUGCUGUGGCUUCACUCAUCGCACUCAUCGCCUUGUGUGUUUUGCACUCCCACAGUCCAAAUGGUGUCGUACUACAAAUAUCAAUUAUAACGAUAAUGCUAGUGUCGUCAUUAAGCUUCUUAGUGGUAUUACAAUUUCCCAUAAUACUGACAUCAUCUCGUGCGCGUUUUAUCAUCGGGCUGGCAUCCUCUUUGGUCUUGGGAAUGGCAGUUUUAGUUCUCGGCGGGUCACUGCCGCUCUUCAUCACUGUCCUCGCGAUAAUUGCAAUCUUGCCGGGUAUCAACAACAAUCAGCAGCCAAGUAUCAUCGCUUUUGUCCUCGCCGGCUCCCACAUUACACGGGGUAUAAUAAUGUGCGUUAUCAGCGAUCCAGUCGACUCUGACGCUUACUACCAGGUUGCCGCGGACGGAGUGUUGCUACUUUCCGGCUGUCUCGCUGGUAUUUAUUACAGAAAUUUAACCGCCCUAGCUCACAGACGAACAUUUUCAGGGACUAAAACAGUUAUUGAGUCACGAAUUAAACUCGAAUGUGAAAGAGAACAACAGGAACAAUUAUUACUGAGUGUAAUACCUGCUUACAUUGCCGCUGAGGUGAAGCGGAGUAUAAUGCUGAAGAUGGCUGAUGCAUGUCAGGAAGUGAGUAAGCACAAGCAAACACGUUUUCACGAGAUGCAUGUACAACGUUUUAACAAUGUCAGUAUAUUAUAUGCAGAUAUUGUUAACUUUACUCCACUUUCUGAACAACUUUCAGCAUCAGAUCUGGUAAAAACUCUUAAUGAGCUCUAUGGAAGAUUCGACCAAAUUGCCCAGGCAAAUCAGUGUAUGAGGAUCAAGAUUCUUGGUGAUUGCUACUACUGUGUUUCCGGUCUGCCUAUUUCUAGGCCGAAUCACGCCAUCAGUUGUGUAAACAUGGGUCUGCAAAUGAUCGAAGCGAUUAGAUUUGUACGAGAAGCAACAGGAUUCAAUGUCGAUAUGAGGAUAGGGAUUCAUACCGGAAAUGUUCUGUGCGGUGUCCUCGGAUUAAGGAAAUGGCAGUUUGACGUUUGGAGUGACGAUGUCACUCUUGCAAAUCAUAUGGAAAGUGGUGGAUUACCAGGAAGAGUCCACGUUACAAAGGCAACUCUAGAUCAGUUGGAAAAUCGAUUUGAAGUUGAACCAAGCAAUGGAGAAUCACGUGACAGUUAUUUAGCGGAUCAUAAAAUUGAAACUUUUUUAAUAAUCCCACCGAAGAAAGUUACCGGAGAAAAUGAAUUGGAAAAUGGGAAAGUAUCAGGAGUUAAAUCGGGGACUAGUAGAUCCCGGCCCGGCAGCAAAAUGACUAAAUAUGUGGAGUGUUGGGGUGCUGAUAAACCUUUUGCAAACAUUGCGGAAUCUACACUUGCAAAAAAUAUCGGCUUAACUAGCAUUGCGAUGAUUGAAUCAAAUUUUCUAACCAAUGACUCUAAUUGCUGUACCAUGAGACAGUGGGGGAAUAACGAGGGAAUGUCAUCAGCAACUUACUGGUUUCGGGACAAAUCUCAAGAGACGCAGUAUCGUGAUCAGAAAGAUGAUCAAUAUCCCUGGUAUGUUAUUGCCUCGAAUGUUUUUUACCUGACAAUAUUCUGCAUUCAAUUAAUUUACUCGCCCAGAAGCAUUACAGUUUACGCAUGCUUUGGAGCCGGACUUAUCUCACUGACGAUGUUCUCUGGGAUUUCAUGGUACGUUGAUAAAACCAACGGCAACUCAAAUGAUCAUGAUCACUCGGCAAUUUUAAGCCGGGGGAUUAGAAUCACUGUUUAUCUCAUCACCGCAGUACUUGCGAUUGCCUCAGCUCUUAUUUCUCUUAUUGAUUAUGAGAAUAAUGACAAAGCUUAUACUAUUGCACCCGCAUAUGUGCAUUCAGUAGCAAUAGCAUUAAUAGUUGGCUGGGCGCAUUUAAGAGUUGGCUUUCUUCUUAAAUUGUUUGUGAUGCUUGUAUCAAUAAUUACUGUCCUGGUUGUAUUUUCUCAAGUUGAAAUUAUAAAAUUGUAUUAUCAGAAUGGCCGAGAAUUCACUGGAGUUCCUUAUCUGAUACAAAUAGGCUACUUGCUGUUUUUGAUAGCAUCGAUACUCCACGUCCUUGACCGUCAGCUGGAACUCACAACACGAACGGACUUCCAGUGGAAGUAUAAACUGAAAGCCGAGCAAGACGAAGUUGAAACUAUGAGAGGUAUAAAUAAAAUUCUGCUGGAAAAUAUCCUGCCGGCCCACGUCGCCCAUCACUUUUUGUCACUCAGCGACGACCAGGAUCUGUAUCACGAGAGGUACAACAGCAUCGCGGUAAUGUUUGCCUCGAUUCCUAACUACAAAGAGUUUUAUGAUGAAACUGACAUCAAUAAGCAAGGACUCGAGUGCCUGAGGCUGCUAAAUGAAAUAAUUUGCGAUUUCGACAAGUUGUUACUGAAGCCCAAGUUUUCUUGCAUUGAGAAAAUAAAGACGAUUGGCAGCACGUACAUGUUGGCUGCUGGGUUGAAUCCUGGGAAGGAAGAUACCGAAAAUAAAGAUUUUACAAAACAAGAAGAGCAUAAUGUUAUUAUACUAGUAGAGUUUGCUAUCGCGUUGAUGACAGUACUAGAUCAUAUUAACCGCGAAUCAUUUCAAAGAUUUAAACUUCGCAUAGGUUUAAAUCAUGGACCAGUGAUAGCUGGUGUCGUAGGCGCACAGAAACCUCAAUAUGACAUUUGGGGUAACACAGUAAAUGUUGCAUCGCGAAUGGACAGUUGCGGUGAAAUAGGACGGCUCCAAGUAACUGAAGACUCUGCUAGAAUACUCAGGAAUGCGAACUACGAAUUAAUUUGCCGCGGUCCAACUUACGUCAAAGGCAAGGGAACACUGACGACAUAUUUUGUAAAAACUCCAUUUGAUGGUCGUGAAGAUGACUACUAAUUUAUUUAAAUAAAAUAUAUCUUUUUGUACAUACGUUUAGUAAAAUAUAUAAAUAUAUAUUUUAAAAAUAAAUCAAAAUAAUCUAUUUUAAAAUUCAAGAU